CUAAUGCGUCUAGAUGUAGGUGAGAAGUUUUUCGCAAAUUCUAUAGCAGAUAGAACAGAUAGAACACAUAUGAUUAUAUUCCGAAAGGUGUUUGCGUUGCACUGCACAGGUAAAAUGCUCUAUUUUUUUGCACGUAUGAUUGUACUAAGGUACUUACCCAGAGGGAUUAAUGAUAAAUAAACUAUGUAUCAUUUUGAUACAUUCAUGAGUGGUAGAGUUCAGAUCCUAUGUCACUAUGCUAUUUAAAUGGUUCUCCUCACAGAUGAUAGUCACUUCGCACAUUAACACACGCAGAGACGCAUCACAACCUAUUGAAAGCGUUACCUGACUAGAGCUGUCGUGCGUUGAUGACUAGAUGUGCAUUUAGUGGAAGCGUAUGCUCCGCUAUGAAGUGAACCGGACCCGAUAUAAUGAACGCUAGCAUCGUCAAUCUAAUCUACACUACAGUGCUAAACAUGAAAAGAUAUUGUAUUCAAUUCAAUUGCCUAAAGCAUAUAUUAUUGCGGAUAUGAAAAUAGCAUCUCUAUCAAUUUGUGUUUACAACUAGUCCAAAAAUCGAAUCUCGGUUCAUGUCUGUUUUAGCGGUGGCCCCGUGUUGGGUUUGGGCAAGUAAACGGGGUAGACACUCAAACUUCAGUUGGCACUGUUCCAUCAUCCGGCUGCUGUGCGUGUUGUCCUGGAAUGGGGCUAGCUCUAAGUCCAAAGGAUACGAUGACAAGAUCCUUGACACGGUAAAAGACAACAAACGCAAGUCUUGUAACGCUCAACGACUGCGCUAUUGACAGUCCAGGCAGCCUCGUACUCUCGACCCCGUAUUUAAAAACCGUUUCGGUCUGCGGGUCCCGCAUAGAUGUCUAGUCAAUACGGAGCUCAUCUAUCGCAUGGCGCGGCUACCCGCCCAUCAAUAUUUGCGGUGCUUGCCCAAGAAAAUCUAUCGUUAGGUUUACGGACAGCUGUGAGAUACGUGGCGCACUUUAGCGCGCAAAGUUGGCCAUCAAGAUGGGGCUUCCUUUACAAGUAUGCAGAUGAAGUCACUUUGGCGAUGGAUAUUUUCAUGCAGUAUCAUCACCUCAAAAAGUAUAAUGCAUCAUUCGCCGAACAUUUCUAUGGACUGGCCAGAGAGGGCAAGAUUAAACUAUUCAGGUGUCUGCUUCUUCUAUCGAUGCUUCCAUAUCUACGCUCGAAACUGGAUCAGCUCUACCAAGAUUGGAAGCUUGAAGCAGCUGAUCAAGUCCAAAAUGGCCACCAGCGCCUUCGUAGCUUUUAUCUUCGCGUCUAUCCCUAUGUGCAUUUUGUUCUUGAGGGUUCUUACUUUGCCUCAUCGUUGUUGUUUGCUGUAGGCAAAAGUAAUUAUCAUUCGCUACCUUCAUUUCUGAGCGGCACUCCGCUGGAAUACUUUAGCCGAGAACGACAUCUACAGCGAGCUUCUCUGUUAUCUAUAAAAAGCGUGGCUUGGUAUCUAGCGCCUUUUAUGAUCACUGGACGCGUACUGGCCCGUGCAGCAGACCAUGCAACUACAGCAUUGAUGACAGGCGCUUUCUUGUUGCAGUUCCUUGAAUGGUGGUAUCAGAAAAACGACCUUAGUCCGUUACACAGGGGAACAGCUGUACCGCCCUCGCCCACUUUGGAGCAACUCGCUGAACGAGAUGGUUGCUCUGGAUUUGGUGGGCGACCACUUCCCAGGGGCAUAUGCCCUCUAUGCAAGGAGCCCGUCAUCAAUGAGACAGUUCUUGCGACAAGCGGGUUAGCCUUUUGUUACUCAUGUAUCUUUAAGCAUCUUCUCGAACACAACUCAUGCCCGGUUACUGGCUAUCCUUCCAGUGUAGAGGCGCUCAUUCAGGUGUAUCAGUAGGCCGGUGUUGAGUAGGCGCAUCGAUAGAUCGACCUUAACAAAAUAUAAAUCUCCCAUGCUAUUUCACACAAAGGAACUGAACCUGCACAAUAAUGGCAGCAGCCUUUGGUAGUUACUGAGAAAAAAAACUAGGACCAGUUAUGUAGAAUGUACCAAAUACAAAAUGUGAUAACUUCUACGAACGCUCAUUGGCUAACAGGCCUGAUACUAACAUAAUCUGAUAUACCCUUAUAUAGUGUGAGAUGGUUGCCGUCCUGUACCGGUAGCAAUUUCUAUUAUAAUUUCGAUAUUUUAUUAUUGCAGUAACCCCAUAUCUCAACUUGAAUGGAUGGCAAAGGUGUGAUUAAUAACAUAAGUCCCUAGAAAUCAACAGUUACAAUGCUACUUGUGAUGAUACGGCCCAGCGCAAGCUGCGCGUCGUACUCCAAUACGUGGAUUAUGCGUUCAUUCUGUUUAUCACUAUGAUUGAAUGUCGCCUUGUCUAUAUGACAAAGCAAAACUGUUCGCUCCGUUUGUUCGUUAAAAAACGCGAACGCACACUGCAAAUAAAAGUAGUGAUAGUGCUGGUGACGUGAAUGAUAAUAAAAUGUAAUAUAAUUCGCAUAUAUUUGUUCAUAAACAGAGUAAGGUAACUAUUACGAAUUAGAGCACUCGCGAUGAAAGAUAAUGUACUGUGGAAGCAGUCGUUAGUAGCGCCUUGCAUCGGAGGCCUGCAAUGGUGAUACCAAAUCGACUGAGCUAGAUAAUAAAAGACUGCGUAAUCAUCGACGUAAUAACGUUGCCUUCAUUUAGCAACGAGUGUUAAAUAUAAAACCUCGACUUUAAAUAUAACACUAAUCAGUAACAUGCGCAUAGGCACACUGUAUUGUUAGCGGCGAUUAUCAUGGCCACGAUGUAGCUAUUCAAGGUCAGAGUACAACUUAGACAAAGUGUGUAUCCGUUCAGAUUUUUUUGGCUCUUCUAAUUAUUAUUAUUCUUGCAGCACUCCAGCCAUUAUCGAACACCUGGUAUAUGAAGUCAUCUU